AUGGUGCCUCUGCAAUCGUCCCAGUACGAGAUAAGUUCCGCCUAUCACAAAACCAGUCGCUACUUAAGGCGGAUACUUAAAUUUGAACAAAUGGACUUUGAGUUCGCGUUGUGGCAGAUGUUUUAUUUGUUCGUGGCGCCCCAAAAGCUGACCAAGUUGUUCCGAGCUAGAAAAAACUCAAAGUCGCAAUACGCGAGAGAUGACCCGGCUUUUUUAAUACUGUUUUCCUGUGCGUUGGCUUUAACAUCGGUCGGGUUUGCAGUAGUGUUAGGACUCGGUUUCUUACAGUUUUUGAAAUUUUUAAUGCUAGUUAUUUUCGUUGAUUGCGUCGGGCUCGGUGUAUUAAUUGCGACCCUAUUAUGGUACUUGACGAAUAGAUUUCUAAAGCCGAAAAAUACUCCUCAGGACGUCGAAUGGGGACUGGCGUUUGAUAUACACUUAAACGCGUUUUUUCCGCCUAUUAUUCUCUUACAUUGCAUACAGUUGUUUUUCUACAACGGCUACAUUAAUCACGAGUGGUUCGUCUCUAUUUUAUUGGGGAACACAUUCUGGCUCGCCGCUUCCGUGUACUAUAUUUACAUAACAUUUUUAGGUUAUAAUUCUAUGCAACUUUUAAACGGAACCAAUUUGUUUCUCGCGCCUAUUCCUUGGCUCGCUUUCGCUUACGUCAUCACCCUGGUGUGUAGGGUUAACAUAUCUCAUAUAGUUCUAAAUUUCUACAAAUAUCGUGUAUUGUAAUCCGGUAAACAAUAUAGCAAUUAGAUCUUGAGUCUUUUAUUUUUUUG